AUGGACUCCGAAUUUGCAAAAAAACUCGCUCAUUCUACACGAACAACAAUUAAAACCCUUUGGAAAAACCUCCCUGGCUUCUUUGGAAGAGACGAAAUGUUCGCCGUUUCACCGUCGUCCUUCUCGCCGGCAAUUAUUUACCCGAGCCGUAGUGGUCAGGUGAAGAAACCUCAGCUUCCGAGGAAAUUCUCGGUGGUGAGGGCAGGAGCGAAGAGGAUACUCUACGGAAAAGAUAGCAGAGAGGCACUACAAGCCGGUAUCGAUAAAUUAGCUGAUGCUGUUUCCGGCACCUUGGGGCCUCGAGGGCGUAAUGUAGUGCUGGCUGAAGCAGAUACAAUCAAAGUGAUUAACGAUGGUGUCACCAUUGCUAAAUCCAUCGAGCUCCCUGACACGAUUGAGAAUGCUGGAGCAACACUAAUCCAAGAGGUCGCGAUUAAAAUGAAUGACUCAGCCGGUGAUGGGACAACGACUGCGAUCAUAUUGGCUAGAGAAAUGAUCAAAGCCGGAUCUUUGGCAAUUGCAUUUGGAGCUAAUGCUGUUUCCGUGAAGAAUGGGAUGAACAAGACUGUGAAAGAGUUGGUCAGAGUACUGAAUGCGAGGAGUGUUCCUGUAAAGGGGAAGAAUGACGUGAAAGCCGUUGCUUCAAUCUCUGCUGGCAACGAUGACUUCGUGGGGAACUUGAUUGCUGAAACUGUGGAAAAGAUUGGCCCCGAUGGUGUUAUCUCUAUUGAAUCAUCUUCCUCAUCAGAAACGUCUGUUAUAGUUGAGGAAGGAAUGAAGUUUGACAAGGGAUACAUGUCGCCUCAUUUCAUCACAAACCAGGAGAAAUCUACUGUGGAAUUCGAAAAAGCUAAAAUCCUUGUGACGGAUCAGAAAAUCACCACAGCCAAAGAGCUAGUUCCUCUACUGGAGAAAACUUCACAGCUGAGUGUUCCGCUGCUUAUAAUUGCGGAAGAUAUCUCUGCGGAGGUGCUUGAGAUACUGGUGGUGAAUAAGAAGCAAGGUUUGAUCAAUGUUGCUGUUGUAAAAUGUCCUGGAAUGUUGGAUGGGAAAAAGGCUUUGCUACAAGACAUUGCACUCAUGACAGUUGCUGACAUGACAAAUGAUAUAAAAACAGGAGCUGAUUAUCUUUCCGGAGAUUUAGGCAUGAGUCUCAUGGCCGCAACUUCAGAUCAGCUGGGUGUUGCUCGGAGAGUAGUUGUUACAGCUAAGUCAACAACGAUAGUAGCAGACCCUUCAACUAAACCGGAGAUUCAGGCGAGAAUUGCUCAGAUGAAAAAGGAUCUAGCUGAGACAGAUAAUUCAUAUCUUUCAAGAAAAAUCUCAGAGAGAAUUGCUAAGCUCACAGGAGGCGUGGCUGUAAUAAAGGUAGGAGGUCACACUGAAACAGAGCUUGAGGACAGAAAACUUAGAAUAGAAGACGCAAAGAACGCAACGUUUGCAGCCAUGAGAGAAGGUAUAGUACCAGGUGGUGGUGCGGCGUAUAUCCAUCUUUUAGAUGAGAUCCCUAGAAUCAAGAAGGAUCUAAUGGAAGAUUCAUACGAGGAAAUAGGUGCAGAUAUUGUAGCAACGGCGCUCACGGCACCUGCGAUGGCCAUAGCAACCAAUGCCGGGGUUGAUGGAUCAGUUGUGGUGGAGAAAACCAGAGAACUCGAAUGGAGAAGCGGUUACAACGCAAUGUGUGGAGAAUAUGAGGAUCUUCUAAACGCUGGAAUCGCAGAUCCUUGCCGGGUUUCAAGAUUUGCCCUUCAAAACGCGGUUUCUGUUGCCGGCAUUGUUCUCACGACUCAAGCAGUGCUCGUGGAGAAGAUCAAGCAGCCUAAACCUGCCGUUCCUCAAGUUCCUGGCAUACCCACCACAUAACCUAACCACCAAAGGUAACAAACAAGCUCGAAAACCAAACGCUUUCAGCAGACGACUUUGUCUUAAUCGAGGAGACCAUUGGUCACAAAAUGGUGUUUGGUUUUGUUGUUUACUAAAACAUCAAAAUCUGUGAUGCCAUGAUAUGUGCACACUGGAAAAAGAAAAGGAAUUGUUAAAUUUAUUGUUGCUUAUUGUGGGAGCCAAGCUUGCUGCUAGCCUCAGUUAUCCGUCAUAGUAAGAAGUGAUGUGCCUUGUAAUGCAAGUUUUCCUAUGUUACAAACCCUAAUUGUUGUAAUAUACAGAGCUUUUUCUCUGUUUUUGGUCGCAAUAUACAGAUAGCUUUUCUCUGUUAUACAUAUACGCCUCA